AUGGCUGACAAACAGACCGGCGAUCUUAUAGAAGAAACGGGUAACGCUUAUAAGUGUAGGGUCACUCUACUUGCGCCACCGAAUAAGAUGGAAGCUCUCGACAGUGUUAUAGGCUCUUUAAUUGACUGGGUGGAUCCCUCGAGGCAGAUAGUUGACGUAGAGGAAAAGAUUCCUGGUGAGCAUUUGUACAAAGAUGGAAUUGCUAAGCGUGACAUUACUGGCCGCCUCGUAACGCCCGCCAUUAGCAUUAUGCUGUUUGCAAAGGAAUCUGGUGAGAUGAGUGUUAGUGACCUACGGCGUGCUUUACUUAUGCCUCCAUGGCAGUUUCACCAUAAAGUAGAAUUGCAGAACAGAAAUGCACCAAACAAACCUGUAGCAAAACAGGAAUUCUUCCGACUCGCCAACGACUUGCCGCUGUUUGCUGCUUGCCCUGUUCUUACAAACACUGAACACUUACGAAUCAACUUGUACGUCCAUAACUAUCCAGAAAUGGUGGACUUCUACCGAACUAUCACUGAAACGGAGAUCGAAACAAGCAAACCGGAAUUCUGCAUCUUUGAGUUGUACCGGCAGCCUGGUGGUCAGCGUAGCUCCAGCACAGCCAUCGCAUCCGCGCAUUCCAGUCAUGAAAUUCUUUAUGAGACGCCGAAAACUAUUGAUGCAAAUCUGGCCCAGUUGGAGGCAGUCUGCUACUGA